UGUUUAUUUUCUUUUCUUUCUAGGACUGAAAACAGAGACAGUGGAGCUAAGAAAAUGAAGCCCUUUUGCAGAUUCUUGAUUCUUCUAGCGCUGUUUUCUCUCGUGGAAUCUUCAUGCAACAGUAAAGACCAGGGCUUGGUAUCAAAGGCUUUCAAAUCUGUCUCUGGGUUCAACGCUUCCACCUGGUUCCAGACAAGAGGUUCGAAGUGUUCAGAGUCUCAUAUCAGCAGAAUAGUGCUUCCACACAAAAAUCUAAGCGGGACAAUUUCCUGGGGUUAUCUGAGAAACAUGUCCAAAUUGCAGGUUCUUGAUCUCUCUGGGAAUUCCCUGCAAGGCCAUGUGCCAAGCUGGUUUUGGUCAAGUUCAACCUUAUUGGAAGUGAAUCUCUCAAGGAACAGGUUCGGAGGGAGCAUCAUUAUUGCUUCAAAACCCACAUCAGAAAACACCUUAUUUUCAUCCAUUCAAAUUCUCAAUCUCUCACACAACAGGUUCACCAAUUCGGUUCAACUCUCUGGCUUCCAAAACCUUAAAAUCCUCGACCUUUCACACAACAAGCUAGGAACAAUCCUCUCAGGGUUCAAAAACCUCUCCAAGCUACAACACCUUGACCUCUCAAGCUGCAAUCUCCAAGGCAACAUAAAACCCAUUUCUUCUAUACACUCUCUUCAAUACUUAGACUUAUCAAACAACACAUUGACCGGUGCUUUCCCUUCUGAUUUCCCUCCACUUAACUCCCUCAAAUUCUUCAACAUCUCAUACAACAACUUCAACUCUUCAAUCAGCUUAAACAAGUUCAAGCAAUUCAGCAAAUCAUCUUUCAUCCACGCUGGCAACAACUUCGCCUACGACAACACCACAUCCAAAACUCACAACCAUCAACCACCAUUCCAACCCCACAUAGGAAAACAAGACAUUCAUCAGAAACAUCCCAAACCAAAAUCCAAAACACUGAUUCUUGCGGUGUCUUGUGCAAUAUCAGCACUUGUUUUAAUUCUCUUGUCCAUUAUGGUACUCCGCAUUAUUCAAAAAAAGAGGAAGAAAAUUUCCAAGAGGAGCAAAUGGGCAAUCUCAAUACCGGUCCCACAAGGCAUGAACAUGGUGGAAAAAUCAGGACCGUUCGCUUUCGAGACCGAGUCAGGGUCCACGUGGGUGGCUGACCUGAAGGAACCAUCGUCUGCGCCGGUGGUGAUGUUCGAGAAGCCAUUGAUGAACCUUAGCUUCAAGGAUCUUAUUAUUGCCACGUCACACUUCGGCAAGGACUCUCUGCUAGCAGAGGGAAGGUGUGGGCCCGUGUAUAGGGCAGUACUGCCCGGUGACCUCCACGUGGCAAUCAAGGUACUCGAACAUGUCAGAGACGUUGAUCAUGAUGAAUCUGUCGCCAUGUUCGUUGACCUCUCCAAGCUUAAACACCCCAACUUGUUGUCCCCUUCCGGUUACUGCAUUGCAGGCAAGGAGAAGCUGCUAUUGUACGAGUUUAUGGCAAAUGGGGAUUUAGGAAGGUGGCUACACGAGCUUCCAACAGGGGACACCAACGUGGAGGACUGGACUGGCGACACGUGGGAGAUUCAAAACGGUGUCGUCGAAGGAUCCCCAGAAAAAUUAGGGUGGCUGACACGACAUCGUAUCGCAGUGGGAAUAGCGCGUGGCCUCGCGUAUCUCCACCACGCAGGGUCGAAACCCGUCGUGCACGGCCACCUCGUGACCUCAAACAUUUUACUAGCCGAUGAUUUCAAGCCUCGGAUAGCAGAUUUCGGGUUUCGAAUCGACCCGAACCCGAAUAGCGAGACAGAUGCUGACGUGUACUGCUUCGGGGUGGUGUUGAUGGAGCUGCUAACGGGGAAGGCCGGCACGGCAGAGACGAUUGUUGUCGUGAGGAAGGCGUGGAGAGAGGGACAAGGAGUUAGGGUAUUGGACGAGAGGUUGCGACUCGGUGGUGACUCGGUGGUGAGGGAGAUGGUUGAGAGCCUCCGAGUUGCUUUCCUGUGUACGGCCGAUUUGCCUUCAAAGAGGCCCACAAUGCAGCAGGUUUUGGGUUUGCUCAAAGACAUUAGUCCUCAUCAACGACUCGUCCCGAGUUGACUCGUCAAUCAAUAUUGUAAAAAAUCAUUUCAACCUCCAAAAUCUUAAGGUGUUGGGUGAACGUCUUUUUAAUGGUUUAUAUUAUUCUCUGACACACUCAUGAGCCCUUUGGACUUGAAGCAUGGAUUAUUGCAUAGGCCUAAUUUUUUGGUUUAUCUUAUGCUUGUUUAAUUCCAUAAGUGGAGGACGGUGAAGA